UGUAACAACCAAUCAACAGCUGGAACAAACGAUAUUCGGACCGGUCUAGCAGCAAACCCAGGCUGGAUUCGAUAAAGGAAGAGGAUCUCGCUGCAGUCCGGCACGGCACGACACGACACAACACAACAAACCAUUUCUGUCGGCCGUUUUUCGCUGCAUCGCAUCGCAUCAAAUCAAAUCAAAUCAAAUCGCAUCAAAUCGCAUCAAAUCGCAUCAAAUCGCAUCGCAUCGCAUCGCAUCGCAUCGCAUCGCAUCAAAUCAAAUCGCAUCAAAUCGCAUCAAAUCAAACCAAACCAAAUCAAAUCGCAUCAAAUCAAACCGAGGCGAAUCGUGCCGAGCACCUACAGAUACCGAACGCCGUCGUGGUUGUCCCGCCCCUAGCACAAAACAAUGGAUCUCUCCGUGACCAACGCAAUCCGACGGUUGGAGAGCGGAGAAAUAGAGUUGAAAGAUUUAUCCGAGGAAUUGAAGGACAACAUCGACGUUGUGCUCGCGGCGGUAUCAGAGGACGGCUAUGCCUUGGAGGACGCGUCCAGGAGACUGCGGAACAACGCGAGGGUUGUCGAAGCCGCUGCCCAACCCGACGGUGUUGCUUUGAGGUACGCUUCAGACGAGAUGAAGAACAACGAAGAGCUUGUUACGCAUAUUGUAACACAUAAUGGUGAGGCAUUAAAGUACGCAUCUGAGGAACUAAAGAAUAACCAGGAGGUUGUUAUUACUGCAGUAACAAAUGAUUGUUGUGCAUUGGAGUAUGCAUCAGAUGAAAUGAAGGACAACAAGGAGGUUCUURUGGCUGCAGUAACACRAGAUGYUGGUGCAUUGGGAUGGGCAUCAGAUGAAGUGAUGGACAACAAGGAGAUUGUUAUGGMUUUGGUAACACAAGAUGGUCRUGCAUUGSGAUGGGCRUCAGAURRAAUGAARRACRACAAGGAGGUUGUUAUGGCUGCAGUAAUACAGAAUAGGGAUGCAUUGGAGCAUGCAUCAGAUGAAAUGAAGGGCAAAAAGGAGGUUCUUGUGGCUGUGGUAACACAAGAUGGUGGUGCAUUGCGAUGGGUGUCAGAUGAAAUGAAGGACAACAAGGAGGUUGUUAUGGCUGCAGUAACACAGAAUGGUGAUGCAUUGAAGUAUGCAUCAGAUNUCAGAUGAAAUGAAGGACAACAAGGAGAUUGUUAUGGCUGCAGUAACACAAUUUGGUCGUGCAUUGCGAUGGGUAUCAGAUCAAAUGAAGGGCAACAAAGAGGUUGUUAUGGCUGCAGUAACAAAGUAUGGUGAUAUAUUGAAGUAUGCACCAGAUGAAAUGAAGGACAACAAGGAGAUUGCUGUUAUGGCUGCAGUAUCACAGGAUGGUCGUGCAUUGCAAAUGGUAUCAGAUAGAAUGAAAAACAACAAGGAGGUUGUUGUGGCUGUGGUAACACAGAAUGGUCGUGCACUGCAAUUUGCACCAGAUCAAAUGAAGGACAACAAGGAGGUUGUUAUGGCUGCAGUAACACAGAAUGGUCGUGCAUUGCGAUGGGUGUCAGAUCAAAUGAAGGACAACAAAGAGGUUGUUAUGGCUGCAGUAACAAAGUAUGGUGAUGCAUUGCGAUGUGUAUCAGAUCAAAUGAAGGACAACAAAGAGGUUGUUAUGGCUGCAGUAACACAGAAUGGUGAUCUAUUGAAGCAUGCAUCUCUGCGACUGCAAGGAGAUUUUGAUAUAGGCACGAUUGCGCUGGGUGGCACCAGAAAGGUAUUGAAAUACUGCACCCAUCGCUUUUUUGUUGCCUGUGCGCAUGAGAGCCUCAGACACAACCGCUAGUUCGUUCGGCCGCCAAGGAACGCUACAGCCACAACCGAAAGAKAACUCCUGAGUCUAGCGAGCGAGCAAACGAACGAGUGGCAGAAAAAAUACAACCCAUUGUCGUAUUUGAAACCAUGGGAAAUCGGUGCAGAAGAAGAACAAGGAACGGGCAUCCACCGUGAGCGGGACAAACGCCGACACGAAGCGGGACGAGCCGAGCCGAGCCGAGCCGAGCCGAGACCGUGCACCGGAAGAGCCCCCGGACGGUUGCUGUCGUCCCCCAAGGAUGGUGCGUUAGUUUUGUACAACGAGUCCCAAUGUGCCGUACAAUAAUAGAGUACUAUAGUAUUU